GGCGGAGCCCCGCAGCCAAUCAGGCCGCUCUCGUAGGCAGCCAACGCGAGGCUGAGCCGCGCCGCGCCGAGCCCCGCGCCGUGCCCUGCGCUCCCGCUCCCCUCCACACUCCCGCGAACAAUACAGAGUCAAGAUGGCUAAAGGUGAUCCGAAGAAGCCCAAGGGCAAGAUGUCUGCCUAUGCCUUCUUUGUGCAGACGUGCCGUGAGGAACAUAAGAAAAAGAACCCAGAGGUUCCAGUCAACUUUGCAGAGUUUUCCAAGAAGUGCUCGGAGAGGUGGAAGACCAUGUCAAGCAAGGAGAAGGCUAAAUUUGAUGAAAUGGCAAAGGCUGAUAAGGUACGAUAUGAUAGAGAAAUGAAGGACUAUGGACCAGCUAAGGGUGGCAAGAAGAAGAAGGACCCCAAUGCCCCAAAACGACCACCGUCUGGCUUCUUCCUCUUCUGUUCAGAGUUCCGCCCCAAGAUCAAGUCCACAAACCCUGGCAUAUCCAUCGGGGAUGUAGCAAAGAAACUGGGCGAAAUGUGGAACAACCUCAGUGAUGGUGAAAAGCAGCCUUAUAACAAUAAGGCAGCUAAGCUGAAGGAGAAGUACGAGAAGGAUGUUGCAGACUACAAGUCUAAAGGAAAGUUUGAUGGCGCAAAGGGAGCAGCGACCAAAGCUGCUCGGAAAAAGGUAGAGGAAGAAGACGAAGAGGAGGAGGAGGAUGAAGAAGAGGAGGAUGAAGAUGAUGAUGAUGAAUAAAACUGUACAAUACUUGUCUCCAUGUGAAUACCAUAGAGUAGGGGAAACACCAUAAAUGAAGCACCUCUUAUUUGAGAUGGUGUCUCUUGCCCUUAUUAGGCUUAAUUAAAAAAAAAAAAAAUUUGGAUUCCGAUCGCGUUGUAGUUUCUAAAAGUGCUCUAGAAAUUGUAACUGGUUUACAUGAAGUGGCCAUGGGUGUAGUGAGCACCCUGAAACUGUAUCAAAGUUGUACAUAUUUCCAAACAUUUUUAAAAUGAAAAGGCGCUCUAGUGUUCUCCUAACUCUGUGCACUUUGCUGUUGGUGUAACAAAGCAUUUAAAAAUGUUUCAAGCAUUUUUUUAAUUUGUAAGGUGGUGUUACUAUAUGGUUAUUGGCUAGAAAAUCCUGGGUUAUAAACUGUACAUAUCUAUAGUUUGUAAAAACUAGACAGAUUCUUGUGGUACAUGCUUAGAGUUAUGAUGCCUUAGAGGAGCAGUGAUUACUUGGAAAGGCUGUACGUUCCCCGGGGUGCCAUGGCCCAAAGCAUGCACUGUGAGGGUAGAUCUAUUUACACUACAGUGGGCGUCCAUUUAGCUUAAAGUUGUCUUUCUGUAUAUAGUGAAAUAGCAUUCUGCUGCCAUUCUUAGUUGUGGAAGGGGGUUCAGCUGGCAUGAGAAGUGUAUGGAUUUUUUUAGUUAAGUGCGGUAGUUUUUAAACUGAAACUGUAGACAUCUCUUCAUCGUCAACCAAGUGAAGAGCCAGUGCAGCAACUGAAGUUCAAAAACACUCUGUACUUAAACGAAUUUGCAACGUUCUGUUUUUUUUGUAUGUUUAGAAUGCUGAAAUGUUUUUGAAGCAAAAUAAACAGUAUUACAUUUUUAAAACUGUUCUUGACAACACUCUAAAUUUCUGGUUUAAAAGGAUCUUAACAACAGCAAGAGGUUCAUUUUGAAGUCUGUGGCAUCCCUCAGGGCUGGUGACUUAGGAAACAUUCUGACUCAAGGAUUUAAAAAAAAAUAUUAAAAAAUAAUAAAAAAAAAAAAAAUAAUGGUGGCCAGCCAAAACUGGCUGAAUUGAAAGAGAUGGCUGCUCCAGCUAAUAUGCAAUCGUAACUGUUUAUGGCUGAGUGGCAUAAGAUGCUAUGCAAGUUUGAACUUUAUUACUUGAACUUGGGAGCCUAAAUGAACAUUCAUGACGUAAUUGUUUGUUUGUGUGUGUAUAUAGCAGCAUUCAGAGAUGCAGAGAAAGGUAGGUGGCUAGGAAUGAGGCUGACACCAUGAAAUAAGUAUAAAAGCAUAGUUUGGAUUUUUUUUUUUCCAGUUGUGUUGGGUAAAUUUAUAGCCCAAAUGCAUUGCUGUACAUAUUAAAAUGUGCCUUUUUUGUCCUGUGU